AAAAAAAAAAAUCAUGACCUAGCGCUUGUUGUUGGUGUUUGAUAGUUUGACGUUGGUCACUACCAGAUAAAUAAAAGGUUUUAUACUUUCAUUAGGGAAUCGAAAAGUUGCUUUUGACGAGUUUCACUGUAAUCUACAAGCAAGAUGCCGCCACGGGUUGAUGACGUAAUGAAACUGUGCUGUGAACUAUCCGCAAAUCAACAAGUGAAAACCGCAGUGAAGCAGUCUGGAAAAGGAGCAGCGGCAGCUGGUGGUCUUGCUUUUGCAGGAGGCUUAAUAGGCGGUCCUCUGGGAAUUGCAGUGGGCGGUGCUGUUGGAGGACUGCUUGGAUGCUGGAUGACAAGUGGUACAUUUAAACCUCUUCCCCAGGUUAUCAUGGAACUGACACCAGACCAGCAGCACAGACUCUGUGAGGAUAUUGCAGCUGUCUUAGGCUCAAUAACAUGGACUGAUGUUGCACAGCUGACUGCCCUUGUAAUGGGAAAUGCCACACUCCAGCAGCAGGUAACUGCUGCUCUUCUGAGCUAUAUACAGAAGGAACUUCAAGCUGAAGUGCAUUAUGUUGACUGACACUAUAUUCUCAAAAACAAAACAAAAAAACAUUUCAAACCUUAUAAUCAUGUCAUACAGGUUGUUUGAUUGGAUGCUGACAAAUCUGACAAGCACUGUAUAUUCUUUGAAAUCAUUUCCUGGCAUAAUGUGUAGUAGUUUAUUUUCAGAACACUUGUGCACAUGUGGAUGACAUUGUUGAAUUAAUGCUUUUUUUAAUUUUUUUUGUUUUGUUUAAUUGACCUGUGUUGAUUUGUUACCAAUAUUAGCAUACCCAGUCAAAAGCCUUAAAAACAUAAAUCUGGCUGCUUUAAAAUAUACAUUUAUUAGUAUAUAGAUUUAGCCAGACAUAUUAAAAAAAUGUGUUAAAGGGAUUGUUUGGCUGGAUGCUUGGGUACUGUGGUUAAAACAGGCAUAUAAUCAUGUUUUUAUUUAAUUUAUAUAGUACUUUUAAAUUUGUUCUUUGAAAUAAUACUGGCAUAUUGCAUGGUUUAUUUUCAGAACACUUAGGAGUGUGAAUUACGGAACAUAUGGAAAUAUUGUUGAAUGAAUGCCUUUUUAAAGUUAUUUAAUUAAACAUUUUUUGGUCUGAA